GUUGUUUACUGUGCACUUGGCUUCAGUUCACGCCCCCUUCCGGAAGAAGCAACAGAGAUAGGAGCAUCUUGCACCUUGACCUGUCUAGACGGGAGAGAAGUUUUUUGUCCCCGUUACCAAGGGCGAGGGGUGCUCUUUGACCCUGGGAGCACUAGCUGUUGAGACUCUCACUAAGUAUGUAGGUAGUGUCUAAAUGUUUCUGCUGAAUUCUUGCUUAAUUCUGAAGGAAAGGGAAUGGACAAAGACAUGGACCAGCUGUUCGAAAAUAAAGCUGAAAUAGUAGAACCUGGGAGAAGUUAAAUUUUGUUCCUUUAGCAAAGUCAGAGACCUACUUAACGGAAGUAUUGGAAAAUAUAUGUGAUAGAAUGAAUGAUUACCAACUGCAAGUGGAUCCUCAAACCCAAAAAAGGACAUUCAAGAGAUUUGCUCCUAGGAAAGAUGAGAAAAUCUAUGCAGAUUUUAAAAAAUUCUAUUUUUAUUCUGAUGCUUACAAACCUUUGAAAUUUGCGUGUGAAAGUAUUAUAGAAGAGUAUGAAGAUGAAAUUUUCUCACUUAUCGCCCAGGAGGCAGACUAUCUAGCUGACAAGCUGUGCAGUGAAAAAUCAGGUCUUUGUGAAGAAUCUGCUACGCACACUGAGCUCUAGCAUCGAUAAACUAUGAAUUUUACAGAGCGAAGUAAGAUGACAACCACAAAAAAAUCUUCCUGUGUAAUCAAAUAGUGAUUCUCUGCCUUUUUUGCCCCUGUAAUAUCUUUUAUUUUUUUACAUUGAUAUUUUUAGAUGUGCGUAAGUUCCUGUUUGUUUAAUUUUUUUACGUUUUCAUAUUAAAAUAUUUAAACUGAAAUUUGCAUGGUUUUGGCAAGGAUCUUAGGUUUAACAUGUAAUUAAUUAUUGAUCAUUUCUAUAGGUAAAACAAUUGACAUCUCAAGAUAUUCAUGCCAGGUGUGUUCAUUUUGACAAAACCAAUGUCUGAUUGUCAAAAAAAAAA